AUGAAGAGAACAAGAGACGACCCUUCUCACUUUCUCCAACAGUCCUCUGUUUAUGAUGAUGAUGAUGAGUAUGAUGAUGAUUUGUCCUCUUUGGAAUCUGGAGAGUUUCAGCCGCCGUCGCCGCCGCCAAGGAAGCACUUCUGUGUGAUCUGCGCCAAACAGUUUAGCUCCGGUAAGGCUUACGGUGGCCAUGUGAGAAUCCAUUCGAGCGAGUACAAUACCAAAGGAAAGACCAAGAAGAUGAAGAUGAAGAUGAAGAAGAAGAGAAAGAUUGGUUUGGUGAUUAAGGAGAAGGAGAAAGAGACAGAUCUGAUGAAGUCUGACUUGGAAGGCAAGAUUAGGUGUUGUCUAUGUGGGAAAGAGUUUCAGACAAUGCACUCUUUGUUUGGACAUAUGAGGAGACAUCCUGAUCGGAGCUGGAAAGGGAUACGACCUCCUCCUCCAUCGGAAAAGUUGAAGCUCGGCUUUAUGGAUAAUUCUUACGAUGAUGAUGAUGAGUAUGAAGAUGUGAUGAGUAGAUCCAUGAUGAUGAGUGAUGUAACGGAGGAUGUUCAAGAAGCUGCUUGCAUUCUAAUGAUGAUCUAUUGCGCGGCGGUGGAGAUGAAGAAAGCAGCCAUGGAAACAUCAAACUCCGAGGUAAGAAGUUCGAGUUUUUUUCGUAAAGGAAACGAGAAGGGAGAGAGAGGUGGUGAAAUGGAUGUAGAUGUGAAGAUAAAGAUGGAAAUUGGGGUGAAGGUGAAUAGUCCUCAAGAUGAUGAAGCUAAGAGGUCUUUAGGGUUUGAUCUGAACCAGCCUUACAAUGAAGAUUAUCCUUGUUCCUACUGGAACUAG